AUGGCAGCUAUUCAAAGAACCAUAGAUAUUGUAAAUCAACGGAUGGCCGCACAUGAUGAGGUCAUUGCUGAUCUGCGAUGCCUAUCUGGGGCAUCUGCAUCUACAAUAGAUCCAAUUCCUACUGCUCAGCCAAAUCCCGAUCUUCCUCCACCAGUGGAAAAUCCCCAGAUCCCAAAUCCCCAAGAGGGGGAACUCCCUCCCUUUGACAUCAACGAUGAUGUAGCCAUGAUAAAAAUUGCCAAGCUAGACAAAGCGCUAAAAAAAUCCCAAGGCUUCAAUUCCAUUCCAGAGAUUGAAGAUGGGUACAUUGAGGGUUCAGUCAGACUACUAGAGAAGUUUAAAAUGCCUAACAUCGACAGAUUCAAUGGAAGUGGGGAUUCAAUUGUACAUGUCCGCCUGUUUUCAGAUGUUCUGAAGCCAAUGGGCUUUUCUCAUGCUCAGAAACUAUCUUUGUUUGGGAGAACUCUAUCUAAUGUAGCGGCCAUCUGGUAUGCAAAACUAGAGGAUUCUACGAAGCAGAACUGGGAAGAACUGUCUAAGGGGUUUGUUAACCAGUAUUCAUAUAACACUCAGAUUGAGGUAACCAUCAGUGAGUUAGAGGUAACUACCCAGAACCCCAAAGAAACUUUUAUUGACUUUGUCGCUAGAUGGAGAGCAAAAGCAGCCCGGAUGACAAACAGACCCUCUGAAAGAAGCAAGCCAGGCUAG